AUGGCUACCGUGGCUCAUCUGGCGUCGCUCGUUCCCCGCAGCCAUCGCACCAUCACCGCUGCGCGAAACGCGAUCGCGUGCCUUCUCGUCGUCCACACCGUCAUCGCCGUUCUCUUCUUCAACCUCCUUCCUCUCCCGGCGUUACUACGCCCGAAGAUUGACUUGACCACAGACGACCUCGUCUUUCUCCCUUCGCGAUACGAUAUCGGCGAUUCGAAUUCCUCGGAUUUCACGGAAGGGGGAAGCGUGCCGAGAGAGGUAGAGGAGGAAAGCGGCGGAUCGGCAUUCCCUGAGGCACAAGCAGUCGACGCAUUCAUGAACCCGCAGCUCUUCUCUCUGGAAGAGCUCGCACGCCGCGAGGUGCUCUCGACAGCGCGCAGCGAUAUGCUGCGACGCAUCGACGACGAGCUGCGGCACGACGACUCGGGAAAAUCGUGUUCGCAAAAGGUCGCAUUUGUCGCAUGGGCUGACGGAAACCAUGCGACGCUAGUAAGAGGGAAUACCUCCAUUGCUCGCGAAGCAGACCCGCUGAUGGCUAAUGAGACUCGUUCAGCUUCCGUAGCACCAGUGGAUCUGCCUGCGAAGCGUGAGUUUCUCUUAGAGGUUCGCGCCGCUAUCGCCGCCAUGACCAAUGUGAACCAAUCCGAGCUCGACGCGCUUCAGAUGAAGCUUCUAGACUUCGAAAGGCAGCAGAAACAGCAAGAGUCAAAUGCAUUUUUCGAUGCAUGGCGUCGCGCAAACCCCCAGGUGACAUGGCCGCCCCAGAAUACGAUUUCCUCUGGCCUCGCCGAAAGGAAUAAGCUGCCUCCGCGCAUUCCGCGGAAACCAAGCCGGGACGCGCGCAAGCUGUUCCGGCGGAGUGACGAUUCCGCAGCCAAUGAGCGAAGAGCAGAGGACGCUCAAGCGUGGAGCAAGACGCGGCUUGGGGACGAUCAGAUCGUGAUGGUGCUGUUGGUGCACAACCGGCCCGCGUAUCUCAGACGGACGCUCGCAGCCAUGCGACGCGUGGAAGGCAUUCAAGAUGUGCUGCUCAUUGUAAGCCAUGAUGGGUACUACCCCAAGAUGGACGUCAUGGUGAGGGCGAUUGACUUCUGCCCCGUGAAGCAGAUCUACUUCCCCUUCUCCCCUCACCUCUUCAACGGCACCUUCCCUGCAGCUUCCCCUAGUGACUGCCAAGGCCGGCUCCCUAGGAGUGAGGCCGCUUGGGGGGAAGCAGAAGGUGACGAAGUGGAUGGUGGAGGAGGAGGAGAGGGACCGAAAGUAGGGAAGGAGUGGGUAGGCAAUUGCAGUGGACAGGCGGAUCAGUUUGGAAGGUUCAGGGACCCUCGGAUAAUAUCUCUCAAGCACCACUGGUGGUGGGCGAUGAACGCGGUGUGGGGGGGCGUGGAGGAGACGCGGGGGUAUGGAGGGCACGUGGUGUGGGUGGAGGAGGACCAUCUGCUCUUCCCCAACGCCCUGCGCCACCUGCGCGCGCUCCUCCACGCCAAGCACGCGCGCUGCCCCCACUGCAUCGCCGCCAACCUCGCGCCCUCAGACGUGCAUGAGUGGCAGGACAGUGGGCCGCGGUCGUUCUCUGUGGAGACCAUGGGGAACAUCGGGUACUGCUUCAACCGCACUGUGUGGGAUUUGAUUCACAAACAAGCAGAGGUAUGCGAUCCCUCUUCUUGA